AACGCUUCCCCGCCUUCAGUACUGGGUAAACACCCUCGGGAGGAGGCUUCAGAGACACCCCAGGAGUCCUCCAAGUUGUUCCAAUGUGGUGAUUGUAGAAAGAGCUAUUCACGCGUUGAUCAUCUUGCAAGACAUGUUCGUCUACAUACCAAAGAGAAGCCUUACCUCUGUCAGACAUGCAACAAGAGCUUUGCUAGAGCCGAUCUCCUAAAACGACAUGUGGCUGGCCAUGAGGCUCGAGGAGAGCAAUCAGCAAACACACCAGCACCCAAUCGUCAAGGCCGUGUAAGCAAAGCAUGCGAAGCCUGCGCCGAACUUCACAUCCGCUGUGACGAACAGAAGCCAUGUACAAGAUGCAACAAAAAGCAGAUCACUUGUGUCUAUCAGACCUCACCACCACCCCCGAGCAAGGAGGCGGUUGCUCGAGACCUUUUGGCCUUUGCGAGUGAAUCGAUUGUCAUGCCAAAUGACAUGCCUAACAUGAACCCCUCGAUGGAUCAUAACAGUACUGGCCGCGACGACAGGGGUCUAUCUGCUUCUUUCAUGGAGCCCCCUAGGCCCUACCAGGCUCCAAUAGAGCAGCCCAUGAUCAACCUAACGACGAAUGACGAACAGAUGCUAGAUCCAUCGCUGACCCAACAGACUCCAGGUCACGUAUCAGUACCUGCAAAUGACCAUGACGGAGGCUUUCUGCAUGACUUCCUGCAGAGUAUCAUUGGCGGAGAUCCAUUCCCUCGACAAACCGCGCCAGGAGAGCACAUACCAGGGACAUGGACGCCACGGAACGUCUUCGACUUCGGUGCUAACACCGACCUUGAACUCAAUGAUCUGGACCUUAAUUUUCUCGAUGGUUACAACCAUGAGAUACCAUUUGCCUCCUUUGUUGAGACCCCUGAAACGAACCGGUCAGUACCUGGCUCUACUAGUGAGCCUCCGUCAGCCCUUGGUGUUGAGUCGCUUCAGAAGUCUUCCACAUGGCGGUUUCGGCCGGUAACCCAAGACCGUGGCAUGAAUGAUCAGCAGAAUAUUUCUCUGCCGAGCGGCGAUACCAGCAAACGACUGCCUGUUCAACGGAGAGUGACAUCCGAAAUGCUGUCAUAUACCAUGCGCGAUCGUAUCAUGGCGCUGUUCAUGUCCUCGUCGAACGUGGAUACACUUCAGAAGACUAUGCAGUCAUUUCCGUCGCUUGAGCUUCUGGACAGCCUAUUACAGUACUUUCUCUCAUCGAAGACCGCAAUAUCGAACCGAAUGAUACAUCUGCCAACGUUUCGACCGAACAACGCGAGGCCAGAGCUAAUAGCAGCAAUGGUCGUAGGGGGCGCAACUCUAGCCCCUGACAUCAGUCUGAGGAAGAUGGGAUUCGCGUUGAUGGAAGUCGUCCGCGUUGGAGUGCCUCAAAAUAUUGAAAGAGACAAUACACUCAUUGGCGAUGUCGAGUGUGUGACCUCGCUCGGCAUAGGCCUGAGCUCUGGCUUGUGGAGCGGUAACUCACGCAAGAUGGAAAUAGCAGAGAGCUUCCUCCAGCCGUAUCUCACCAUGUGCCGACGUCGGGGCUGGUUCCGCAGAUCCGCGUACGAAACAAUAGUCCCUUAUUCCACGGAUGUGGGCAAGGCGCUCGAAGACAAAUGGCAUGCCUGGGCCAAGCAGGAGAUGCGGAAGAGACUGGUCUUCUAUCUGUUCGAGUACGACACCCGUCAGUCGAUCGCGCUGUUCACGAAUCCACUUAUCUCGUAUGCAGAGCUCGGAUUACCCCUGCCAGAAGCGGAGAGCCUGUGGCUUGCAGCAACAGCGGAGAAGUGGAAGCAAACAUACAUGUCUCUCGACGAACACAAACAGAGGGAGCCAUCUCUCACCGAUCUGCUGCAGGAUGUUGAGCUUCUGGGCGAGGGACACGAUAUGUUCGAUGAAACAACCGCGAGCCAAGCACUGCUCAGUGCUGCGUGGCGGCUAAUCUGGGAGUACCGUCAAAUGUGCUCCAUCAGCAGAGGCCAUGCCAGCUCAUGGAGCAAUUCGAAAUUGUUGUUGUCAUCCCGUCUGACAGAGUUGACAAAGCUGCUCGAUUGCGUCAAGAUGAGCUCACAUGCCAAUACUACCAUGACUCUGUCCUUGGAACUGCUGCAUAUGCAUCUGCACAUCUCUCUUGAAGAGAUGCAUCUCUUCGCUGGAGCCGAAGGGCAUUCGGAAGCUAGAAGAGUGUUCCCAUUGUUGCAGGAAUGGGCCAAGUCAUCAAGCGCUCGCCAAGGCGUGUAUCAUGCGGCUCAGAUCGUGGCAGCUGCCAGAAAGAUACCCACAGGGUGCCUGCGCGACUUCCAUGCCAUUGUUCUUUAUCAGGCUGGUCUGGCUUUGUGGUCGUAUGGUGUCAUCUCAAACGCCGCGCUCACAGAGUCCGCCCUCGACUCCAUGAGCAACGCAUCUGCCAGACGUGGCGAAAGCAUCACGAUGCUAGACGAAGCCGAUGGCAAUGGCGCACAAAGGUUCAUCAACCUCAACAAAGGACAAGCUGCCUUCAAAAAGGCCGUUGGAGAUCCGAGUGCCUCACAUGUACUGUUGUCCGAUCCUGCUGGAGUAAUGGGUGUGCUUAUGGACGUGUUUAAGUUAAAUGGAAGGCCAUCGAGGUCAGCGCCACCAUUGGUAGAGAACCUGCUCGAACUCAUGGAAGGGCUUCGUCUUGCAGUUCUUGAGCCCACCAACUGA